CAACUUUUCAUAAAUUGGGUUAGUCUAUAGCGAUCAAUGGUUAAAUGUUACUCAUGAAGAACUUCAACGACGAAGAGCAUAAUAGUCAAUUGACAGACGAAGUUUUACCAGAACCUGAAGACGCACGAGUAAUUGCAAAUAUAUUAAAGGCUGUUGGUGUAGAAUCCUUUGAUACCCGUGUGGUGGCGCAACUUGUGGAGUUUGUAUAUAAAUAUAUUGGUGAAGUAUUGGAAUUGUCGAAAACUUUUGCCCAGUAUGCAGAGAGAGAAGACAUUAGACAAGAUGAUGUGAAACUGGCAAUAUCUUCAUUACUUUCCAAGUCUUUCACACAACCUCCUUCAAGAGAUGUACUAUUACAGCUAUGUCGAGAAAGAAAUGCAGUUCCUCUUCCAGUUGUGGAUACUUAUGUUGGUAUUCAAUUACCGCCAAAAGAGUUCCAGCUUACAACAAGAAACUAUCAGUUGAAAAGAAAAACGACUACUGAAAGUGUGGCUUCUCAAGAGCUGUCUGAAGCUACUGGCAACAUUAGUAUAGGAGAGUCAUCUUUACAACCAAAUGAAGAAGAAUCCAAUACUAUGAAUACUUGAAUACUAAACUUCAUUCUUGUUGAGGGGG